CAUCGCUGCCUACAGCAGCUUCAUUCAUAAGCUGGCUCAUGUGCAGGUACUAAGAAGUGAUAGUUCCCCGCUAAUAAUUUCCCAGUGUGCCUACCUUCUUUGCUGGUCAAAGAAAUCUUACGGUGUUGUACUCUUCUUUCUUAUAUGCUCUAUUUUUUCUUCAUGGGUCCCAAUCUCAUACUGUACUGCCUGGUCUUCGGUGUAUUCGCUACUGCGGCGGUUCCAGUCCCUCGUCUAGUCAUCGAUGAUAGCGAUUCUAUUAAAGGUCGAGGCUUGGGUGUCAAGCCAUAUUUCGUGAAAGUGGCAUACAAAUCUUGGAGUAGUGUCCAACCUCCAAAUUGGUUCGCUAUAAAGGACGCUCUGGAAACUCUGUCGUUACAAGAUGCGAGGAGCGCACUAAACUUACCUGCGUGGGCCAUCAUGGAUUAUACCACGCCGGAGCAGUCUUAUCCUGCUCAUAACGGGAUGUAUGUUUAUGACCCUGUCGAAUUCACGGUCAACGGAGAUGGGUGUAAGGGGAAGGGCGUACUCAGAACUUCUAGGAAAUCACGGUGUGAGGGACAGGCGGAUCCCAAGUCUCCGAGAAAGAAUGUGAUCAUCAAGGAUGCGGAAGGAAAUAUCAUAUACAGUAAAGGGAACUUGAAGUGGAAGGAGAAAGAGGACUUUUCGGUUUCUGACUGAGUUGAAGGUUUCACUGCAAUGGUCAAGGAUAGGCAGUUGUAUCAGACUCAAGUAUUUUGAGGAGAAAAUUAGCAUGGGAGAAUGGGCUUUGGAACUUGGCCGUUGGUUUGACUCUAUGAGCGUUUACAGGCGUUUACUGAAAUGUGAAACCUGAACCUGCUUAAAUUUCGAACGGUCGCGGUGUGGGAACCUUUUAUCCACGUAGUCAAGAGAAUUGACAGGCCUGAGGAACGUUGAUAAUAAUCGAAAGGUCCGAA